UAUAAUCAAGUAAUUAUUCAAUACCGAAACUAAAGUUUAUAGUUAACGAGUGAAUUUAUAACUAUAUAAGACUCUUCUCGAAUUAUCAUACUGAUCAAACAUUUAUUGCGAUCAAAGAUACGUGCUUCCUUGACGCAUAUAUAUAUAUAUAGACGUAAUUAUCAGCUCGUUAUUAAAUCGAUUUUCAAGAACAAGUACCAACUAACUAAUAUACAUUUGGACGGUUUGCUAAAACUCAACGUUUUAUACAUAUUUUUUUAGUUUUUAUAAUUCUGUAGUGACGAGCAUAGUAAAUAAACAAAAUAAAAGAAGAAAAAAGUUUGGAAUAGAAAUUAUGAUUUGUGACAUUUUCACAAUUUUGAGCUACUUUUUUUUUAUUUUAAUCAGUGCUAUCGCGUUUUUCUAUGUCUACGCAAAAUAUCAGCAAAAAUAUUGGAGCAAACGAGGAAUAUAUACUCCGCCGUGUCAUUGGCUGUUUGGACACUUUACUGAUGCUUUUCUCGCCAAAAGAUCAUUCCCACAAGCUUUUGCAAAUUUACACAACUCGAUCGAAGUUGAUGCACCGGUAGUUGGAGUUUACGUUUUGCAAAAACCAUUCUUGUUGCUCCGAGAUCCAGAAGUAAUAAAGCACGUGCUGAUCAAGGACUUUAAUAUUUUUAGUAAUCGAUAUUUUGCAGCCAAGAGAAAAACCGACGUGAUCGGUUGUAAAAAUUUGUUUUCUAUUGAAAAUCCACACUGGAAAUAUAUUCGCUCGAAACUUUCAGCAGCGUUCACUGCCGGCAAACUCAAGAAAUACUUUCCAUUCGUACUCGCGUCGGCAGAAAAUAUGAGAAGUUACUUGAGUUCGCAAAUGACCGAUGGCCAGAAAGUUACGGUUGAAUGUAGGCAACUUUGCGAUAAAUAUACUACGGAUGUUAUUAUAAACUUUGCUUUCGGUGUUCAAACGAACUCGUUUACCAAUGCAGCAUCAGAAAUUUAUUUACGAACCCGCAAACUAUUCGAACUUGAUUUAGUACGAGCCAUUCAAAUUUUCGCCACGUUUUUCUAUCCGACAAUCAGCGAUUAUUUGGGAGGUUCUAUGCUUGACAAAUCUACAGAUUAUUUCCGACAAAUCUUUUGGGAAUCUAUGAACAAACGAGAAAAGACAGGAAUAAAAGUUGGUGAUAUUAUAGACUUGUUGAUUGAUUUGAAAAAUGAAAAGCAAAGUUCGGAAUUUGUUUUUGAAGGAGAUUACCUCGUAGCUCAGUCUGCAGUACUUUUACUAGCGGGAAUCGAAACUAGCGCGGUAACUAUAUCGUUCACUUUGUUAGAACUAGCAAAACACCCAGACAUUCAGGCAAGAGUGCGCCAAGAGAUUCAAGAAAAAUUAUCCAACAGUGAUUUGAACUAUGAUAUUGUCUUAAAAAUGACUUAUUUAAACCAAGUUGUAUCAGAAACAUUAAGAUUAUAUCCUCCAGCUCCAUUGAUAGACAGAGUUGCUUCGCAAGAUUAUCAAAUACCAGGAACGGAAAUAACAAUCGAUAAAGGUACGGCAGUUUAUGCAACUUUAAUGGGUUUACAUCAAGACCCUCGUUACUAUUGUAAUCCAACAAAGUAUGAUCCAGACAGAUUUAGCGAAGAACAAAAAAGUAAUAUCGUACCGUGUACUUAUAUGCCUUUCGGCGAAGGACCUAGAAUAUGCAUUGGAAUGCGUAUUGGACAGAUACAAACGCUAACGGGACUCGCUGUGAUAUUGAAUGAGUAUGAAGUAACUCUAAAUCCUAAGUACAAAAAUGAAUUGAGCAUGCGAUCUAUGCUCCUUGCUCCGGCAGACGGCAUUCGAUUAUAUUUUACAAAAUUGUAA